AAAGAUUGAAACACCAAUUAGCAAAACUUUUUUGAAAACUCAUGAUAUUGAGUACAAGGUGAUAAUGCCUCCACAACUUCAUCAAUCUUCACUUCACAUUCUCAACCCUCUACUCAGAUUCUCACCUCCUUCCUCCCCUGAUAAUCCCAAACAUCAGAAAGAAUCAAAGUUCACAAUGCCAAAGCUCACUGUUCGUAAACUCAUACCUCUUCUUAUCUUCAUCCUUACAAGCUUCUCUGUUCUUCGACUCCUCCGUAUCUCAUUAAAGUCUUCAUCCCCUGCGUCUCGACCCUUCUCUUCAACCACAUUUCGGUUGAGUCCCUCUGAGUCCAGUCAGCAGAUCAAGGCUAACGCGAGCCAGAGCGCUCUCACGGAAAAGGAACUCAAGCUCUUAUCAGACACCAUUGCUCUUAGAUCCCUUUGCAACGUUCUAGUUUUCGGGUUUGCACAUCAAUACCUCAUGCUAUCUUCAUUAAACACAAGAGGCAUCACCGUUAUUAUAGACGAUGAACCUUCAAAGAUAACGACAUCAAACAACACAAGAGUCUAUAGCUUGAAAUAUGAUCAGAUGGAAGUCAAGAACACUUACAAGCUGCUUCGACAUGCCCGGUCUAACCCCGCAUGCGCACCAAAUAUGAAUCAUCUCCAUCAAGACUCAUCAGACUGCAAGUUGAAACUGAAGGAUUUGCCACAGGAAGUACACAACACCAAAUGGGAUGUGAUCGUCGUCGAUGGGCCACGUGGGGAUGACUUAGAGGCGCCAGGUAGGAUGGGGAGUAUAUACACCGCAGCUGUGUUAGCAAGAAGAGGAAGCAGUAACUCAACAACAGAUGUUUUAGUGCAUGAUGUGCAAAGGACUGCUGAGAAGUGGUUCUCCUGGGAGUUCUUAUGCCGAGAGAAUCAGGUUUCAGCUAAAGGAAACUUGUGGAAGUUUCGGAUAAAUGGUCAAUCAAAUACAUCUAGGUUUUGCUCACCAGAAACAUCUCUGGUCAGAUAUUAGCAAAAGAAUUGUACAUCUAGUUUAAGAGCAAGCUUGUUGCUCCCUCAGUUAAACACACUACUGCGUCUUUAUCUCAGUACAGUGUUGAAAAUCAUCUUUUCAAAUAAGCAUUUCAAUGUAGAGUAGCAAUCAGAGUUUUUCUGGACAAAUGUCAUUCCAACUACAGUAUGUGUCCAAGUAGAAUCACAACAUGGGAAGAUACAUUUUUUUACUUA